CCGAGCUUUAGGGUUCCCCUGGAUCCGGGUCCAUAGGGGCCUCCCCAUCCUGGCCUCCUUGAGCCAACCUUCUUUAGCCUUUCAAGGUCACAGCUUGGCUAGUGCUGGGGCGACCCCCGCCAAUUCCUGGGCUCCAGAUGGCGUCGGCUACUGACGCGCGCUAUGGACAGAAGGAGACGUCGGACCAGAACUUCGACUACAUGUUCAAAAUCCUCAUCAUCGGCAACAGCAGUGUGGGCAAGACAUCCUUCCUCUUCCGCUAUGCAGAUGACUCCUUCACACCUGCCUUCGUCAGCACCGUGGGCAUCGACUUCAAGGUCAAGACCAUCUACCGCAAUGACAAGAGGAUCAAGCUGCAGAUUUGGGACACAGCCGGGCAAGAGCGGUACCGGACCAUCACCACGGCCUACUACCGGGGUGCCAUGGGCUUCAUCCUCAUGUAUGACAUUACCAACGAGGAGUCUUUCAAUGCAGUGCAGGACUGGUCGACUCAGAUCAAGACGUACUCUUGGGACAAUGCGCAGGUGCUCCUGGUGGGGAACAAAUGCGACAUGGAGGAUGAGCGAGUAGUGUCAUCAGAACGUGGCCGGCAGCUGGCCGAUCACCUGGGGUUCGAGUUCUUUGAAGCCAGUGCUAAGGACAACAUUAAUGUCAAGCAGACUUUUGAGCGCCUGGUAGAUGUCAUCUGUGAGAAGAUGUCUGAGUCCUUGGAUACGGCUGACCCUGCAGUCACAGGUGCCAAGCAGGGUCCUCAGCUCACUGACCAGCAGACGCCUCCCCACCAGGACUGCGCCUGCUGAGAGCCACCCUGUCCUGCCCUCAGCUGACUCUCCCCCUGCCCUAGGGGCACGUGUCCCCCCUCCCCAUUACCUUUAUUUAUUAUUGUAGCUAUUUAUUUAUUUAUUGAAGAUGUCCCCCAGGGGCAUAUGCAUCCUACCCCCACACCCUGUCCUGUACAUACAGACCUGCCCCUGCUCUGCUGUGGCGUGUCGUGGUCACUUCCCCCUCCUUUGGAGAUCUCCAGUUUUUGUGGUUUUUUUUUUUUUAAGUUUGCCCCAUCAGCAGCUAUUGGUUGUGAAGAGGGGACGUUGGUUGUGAAAAAUGACACCCUGCAGCAGGCUCAUGGCAGGAGAGUGGGCCUACCAGCCCCUUGGCUUGGUUCUGAGGGGCCAGGCCAUGGCUGGGGGUCUCAGUGUGGACUAUGGGGAUCAGAGUCCUAGCUGACUCUUCUCCCCCAAUAUUUUAUUUUGUGGGGUAAAUGGGGUACUUGGAACAGACCCCAGACUUUUUCUGACAUCAUGCGUGUCAAACGUGUCCCCCCACUCCCCUAGAAAAUGUCGUAAGAAUACUACACCUCCAAUAAAGCGAAUGGACCAGG